UGCUUUUUCCCACCGUGUGCUAAAAAGGACAACACCCAGAAGUUCAACUGGCGAAGCCAUUUUCCCAGCACAGCGACGGAAUGAGGGGAGCCAGAGCUGAGAAGAGAGAUGAUGAUGAUGAUGACAGCAAUUAUGAGGGGUGGCAGUGGCAUUGGCCGUGCCAUCUGUGUGCGUCUGGCUCAGGAAGGCGCCGUGGUGGCUAUAGCAGACUGCGAUGAAGUCGGGGCAGCCAAGACCUUGCAGGGGCUCCCCCCUGGGGAUCACGAGGCCCUGCCAGUUGACGUGGGGUGUGCCAAGAGCGUGGGUGACCUCGUGGCCCGGAUCCAGGCCCGCUUCUCUCGCCCGGCCACCGUCUGCGUCAACUGUGCCGGGAUCACCAUGGACGAAUUCCUGCUCAAGCAGAGCGAGGAAGCCUUUGACGCUGUCCUCAGAGUGAAUCUCAAGGGGACGUUCCUGGUGACGCAGGCUGUGGCCCGGGCGUUGGUGGCAAGCAACGCUCCUGGGGGCUCCAUCAUCAACAUGGGCAGUGUCGUUGGGAAGGUGGGGAAUUUGGGCCAGGUGAACUACGCAGCAUCCAAGGCUGGGGUGGAGGCGCUCUCCAAGACCGCGGCCAAGGAACUGGCCAGGUACAACAUCCGGUGCAAUACCAUCCUCCCGGGCUUCAUCCGCUCCCCCAUGACAGACAAGGUGCCCCAGAAAGUCCUGGAUAAGUUUGCAGCGAUGGUGCCACUGGGACGGCUUGGGGAGCCCGAAGACGUUGCUGACGUUUGUGCCUUCCUGGCCUCGGAGGACAGCCGCUACAUCACCGGAGCCAGCGUGGAAGUGACGGGGGGUCUCUUCAUCUGAGCCGUCCUGCUUCUCCUGCACGCCAGGGAGGCCACCUCCCGCCUUCCCCCCACGGCCCUUUUGAGGCAACACUCCCUGACUUCGAGCCUCCCCCACGGAGGGCCCUUCCCCUGGGGAGACUCGGCUGCACUGUGUGGACCAUCGCGUGGUCUGGCCAAGGAUCCGGGAGGCAGCGCGGGCAGGACCAGCAGCUUCUCGGAGGAGAUGGAAGAAGCCACUCGGAGCCUCAGUCUUCUCCACAGGCUCUAGCUUCAAGUUUCAGCUGACUUCCUCGCCCUCUUCCUCCCCUCCCCUCCAAAAAAAACUUUUAAAAGGGGGUUUCUGCCUUAGUUGCAGUUUUUGGAAAGGCCAGCCGUGGUCGUAGGCUGAGGAUUUCCUGUCCCUUUGGGUGCAUGGAUCCGUCUCUUCGGUGUGAUUAAAUAAAUACAGUGGUGCCUCACUAGAUGAUAAUCCGUUCCACUGAAAUAGCUGUUUAGCGAAAUCAUUGUCUAG